AUGGGCAGGCGGCCCCGCAGCCGCAGCGCCGCCGACCCUGCGGGCCGGUGGGGACCAGAGCCCGGAGGACCCGGCCCUGCCAAGCGGCGCCGACCCGGCGAGCCCUCGGGACCCGAGUCCGAGUCCGAGUCCGAGUCCGAGUCCGAGGCGUCGCCGCGGCUGCACCAAGAAGCGGAGCCCGCGGCCUGCGCCGCCGCGGCCGCGCUCCCCUCCGUGGUGGGCCUGGCGGCCGGCUGUGCCCUGUACCUGGCCCUGGGCGACGUCGACCUGCUGCUGGAGCCCGAGCCCACGGCCGCGCGGCAAGUGUCUGUCGGCGAUCGCCUCCUGGUGCUGGUCCCCGAGGCCCUCCUGGGCUCGGGCGCUGAAGGCGCCUGGGGCCCAGGCCUGCCACCGGGCGCUUUCCUGAGCGCCCCGGGGGAGGCCCUGGCCCUGGGGGAGGGAUUCUUCUGCGUGGCUGUCCCAGAGGUCGUCAUCCAAGCAGAGGCCCAGGAGGUGGAGGACGCGGCCGCCCAGUUCCAGGCGCCUGCCCUGCAUGAAGCGUCUGGCUGGGUCCCUGGGCCUUGGAGCCCCGCGGCUGCCGCCCCCCCAUCCCCCGCUGCCGGCCUCGCCGCCUGGGUGUCCGGCCCCAGCGAUGUCUGCGAUGUCUCCGACGACGAAGACGACCUCGUGGACGCCGAGGAUGAGGACCCACAGGGCUUCAACCCGGAGCCCUGGCCCCACGCUGUCCACCCUAGUCCCCAGAGGCGCUCUCCUCACCACCACUCCAAGCUGGACUUGCACCUUCUGGCCCCCUUGCGUGAUGUCUCUGAGGACGACCACGAGGCACCGCUCCAGUGUCUCCCCGCAUCUCCUUGUCCAGGUCCCCAGGGGCGCCCCCCACGCCCUCAGGGUCCUCUGCGCAAGGCCAGGAGACGCCUGAUCCUGGACUGA